GUCCUUCAGCGCGGAGGGGAGAUGGCGUCGGCCACCCGGCUCAUCCAUCGCUGGGCCUCCGGGCAAGACCUGCAGGCGAAGCUGCAGCUGCGCUACCAGGAGAUCGCCAAGCGAACUCAGCCUCCUCCCAAGCUCCCUGUGGGCCCCAGCCACAGGCUCUCCAACAAUUACUACUGUACUCGUGACGGCCGCAGGGAAGCCACGCCACCUUCCAUUGUCAUGUCCUCACAGAAGGCGCUGGUGUCAGGCAAGCCAGCAGAAAGCUCAGCUUUGGCAGCCACUGAGAAGAAGGCGGUGACACCAGCUCCUCCCAUACAGAAGUGGGAGUUGUCCCAGGACCAGCCUUAUCUGUGAUACUGCUCUGGGCCACCUGACUGUGCCCUCCUUGUCUUCCAUUCUGGGAGAGCGUGACCUGACUUAUGACAAAUAUAUUGUGCUCUCUAGUA